AUGACGCGCUGCUCGAGCGCGACCACCGUCUUGGUGGUUAUCACUUCUCUCGCCUCUCCUUGCGCCGCGAGUGACUUUGAUUGGCGCUACUUUGCAGCCGGCGGCUUCAGUGCCGCUCUCUCGCAUGGCUACACCACCCCGCUGGACGUCGUCAAGACGCGCAUGCAGACGCACCCGCAGCUGGGCACGUCCGUCACGGCGGCGACCCGCAAGCUCGUCAAGGAGGAGGGCGUUGAGGUGCUGCUCAAGGGCCUGGCCCCCACCUGCGCCGGGUACGGCGUGGAGGGCGCUCUCAAGUUUGGUGUCUACGAAGUCCUCAAGCCUCUCUUUGCGCAGAUGAGCCCCAACAAGAUGCUCAACAUGCUGGCCGCGUCGGUGGUGGCGGGUGCGGUGGCCUCCGUGGUCCUCUGUCCAGCUGAGGAGGUGCGAAUCGUCCAGGUGUCCAACCCCGACUACUGCGACGGCGGUACGGUUGCGACGCUGCGCAAACUCGCACGGGAGAAGGGCGCGCUCGCGAGCUUCGAGGGGAUGCCGGCAAUGUGCGCGAAGCAGGUGCCGUACACGAUGGGCAAGCAGGUCUCCUUCGACGUCUGCUGCGCAUGUGUCCGCGGCCUCUUCGACUGGGGUUGCCACGUGAGCAAGGCAGAGAGCCUCCGGCCUGCGCUCGACCGGCUAGUCCCGUGCGUGGCCGCCCUGCCCGCCGCGGUGCUUGCGUGCUUGAUGAGCCACCCCGGCGACAUGGUGCUCACCGCCUACUACAACGGCGGCGGCGGCUCCGUCGUCGCGGCGGUGCGCAAGCUGGUGGCGGAGGGUGGCAUGCCGGCGCUCUUUCGCGGCCUGCGCGCGCGGCUGCUUCACGUCAUUUCGAUUAUCUGGGUCCAGCUCGUCGUGUACGACAAGGUGAAGCAGGUGCUCGGGCUGCCCGCGACGGGGCACUGA